UCACCCCAGUCUUCUCCUGCCUUCGUUCCUUCCGCCCCUUUUCUCUUGUUUUAGGGUUCUUCUCGCAUCCAGCUCUCCUCCUUCGACAUUGAUGGAAUCUCGCCUCCUCGCCACGUUCACCUCCUCCUCCUCCUCCCUCUGUUCCUGUUCCUGUUCCUGUUCUUGUUGUUGUUUCUGUUAAAUCGGUGUUCGUGUUUUUUUGCGUUUGUUCUGCGUGCCGAAGGUUUCUCCAUGGAUCUCACCCACCCUCAAUCAAAUCUCUCACUGGGGUUCCACGCUGCUCCGCCUCCGCUUCCAUCUUCGCCGCCGGUGCGUGGCCCGAUCCUGGAUGACUCGAUCUCGCUCCAUAUCGACUCCGGCCUUCGGGAUUCAUCCCACAAUCCCCGAUCGAUCCCCUUGCAGCUCCUCGACCAGCAUCCUGAGAGCUCGCGUGACGGAUCCCUGCGGACGCACGAAGCGGAUGAAUCCGACGAGGAGCAACAGGAGGAGGAGUUCAGGAUUUUGGGGUACGCCAUGUGCAUCAAGAGGCCGAGGAGAGGGGAAUCGAGCUCUUCUUGUUCUUCUACCUCUGUGCUCCCUGCAGCCAAGAAAGCGAAGGUGGAACCCGAUCUCGAGACAAGAAGGGCUGCCGUCCGUGCUUGGGGGAACCAGCCCUUGUCUGUUGCCGAUCCGGAUAUAUUCAAUAUCAUGGAGAAGGAGAAGAAGCGGCAGGUUCUGGGAAUUGAGCUCAUCGCAUCAGAGAACUUCGUGUGCCGCGGGGUUCUUGAUGCCCUUGGGAGCCAUUUGACCAACAAGUAUUCUGAGGGGUUCCCUGGUGCCAGGUACUAUGGCGGGAACCAGUACAUUGAUCAGAUAGAGCGGUUAUGCCAUGAACGUGCACUCACAGCAUUUGGUCUUGAUCCUGAGUGCUGGGGGGUGAAUGUCCAGCCUUACUCGUGCACCUCAGCCAAUUUUGCAGUCUAUACAGGGCUACUGCUUCCAAAAGAUAGAAUUAUGGGUUUGGAUUCGCCUUCUGGUGGACAUGUUAGUCAUGGGUACUAUGCACCUAGUGGAAAGAAGAUAUCAGGGGCUUCCAUUUUUUUUGAGAGUUUGCCAUAUAAGGUAAAUCCACUCACAGGAUAUAUCGACUAUGAUAAAGUUGAGGAGAAGGCCAUGGAUUACCGUCCAAAGAUAUUGAUCUGUGGUGGGAGCUCAUACCCGAGGGAGUGGGAUUAUGCUCGAUUUAGGCAAAUUGCAGAUAAGUGUGGAGCAGUCUUGAUGUGUGAUAUGGCUCACAUUAGUGGACUUGUGGCUGCUAAGGAAUGCUUGAGCCCAUUUGAUUACUGUGAUAUUGUUACUUCGACAACCCACAAGGGCCUUAGAGGUCCCAGAGGUGGUAUAAUUUUCUUCAGAAAAGGUAAAAAACAGAAAAGACAAGGAUUGUUUCCUGGUCAAACAGAAGGAAAUGACAGAUAUGAUUACGAGGACAGGAUAAAUUUUUCUGUUUUCCCAUCACUUCAAGGGGGUCCACAUAAUAACCAUAUAGCUGCUUUAGCCAUAGCUCUAAAGCAAGUAGCUACACCAGAAUACAAAGCCUAUAUUCAACAGGUCAAGAAAAAUGCUCAAGCGUUGGCAUCAGCUUUUUUAAGAAGGAACUGCAGAUUGGUUAGUGGGGGUACAGACAAUCAUUUAAUCCUUUGGGAUCUCAGGACUUUGGGCUUAACAGGUAAGAUUUUUGAGAAGGUCUGUGAGGCAUGCCACAUUUCUGUGAACAAAACUCCAAUAUUCGGGGACAAUGGUACUAUUUCUCCCGGAGGAGUCAGGAUAGGGACUCCUGCCAUGACAACAAGAGGUUGCUUAGAGGGAGAUUUCGAAACGAUUGCAGAGUUUCUCCUGAGGGCUGUACAAAUAGCAAAUAACACUCAGAAGGAGCAUGGGAAAAUCCAAAAGGAGUUCCUGAAGGGCCUCGAGAGCAGUAGGGAUGUCAUCGAGCUUCGCAGCCAAGUGGAGUCCUUUGCUUCACAGUUUGCCAUGCCUGGGUAUGAUGUUUAGGUAAACAAUGAAAUGGUUCACAGAGGUACCCACUACUUCGCCUUGUGGGGCUUUUUACUUAUCCCGAGUUGACGUACCUUCUGUACAAAAAUUUACCUGCCGUUAUUUAAUUUGUCUGCAUACAGGUUCUCUCUGACUUUUUUGUUUUGUUUUUUUUUUUGCAAUUUUGCAAUCAUGUAUGUAAACCCAUACUAUUUCAAUUUACACUUGAGAAAGAUUGCUGACUGCAAUGUGUAAGAUAUAAUUGUUGAUUUUAA